AUGUUAUCACUCGUACUAGCCAUCAUUCUUCCCACCACUUUCGCGUCUGCAGCGACACCUACCAACGAGACCGCGGAUUGUGAAUUCACUAAUGGUACUCUCAAUGUCUACCAGCACCCCAAUGCUUCGAGUUCCUACAGCAUACCCGCGAUAGUCUCAACCGGAUCUACAGUCAUGAACAGUACGACCAAAACCUGGCAGAUAAUCAACAGCAUCGGAAACGUAUCGGACUCAUCGAACGUCGUCGAUCCGCGAGCCCAACAGUUGUCACAAUACAUAUUCUUGGAUACAUCAAGCACCAUCAAUGGAUCUUCUUCUUCAUCUCCGCUCCCAUUCGCCGGCUGCUCGUUCACCUUUGGGCUGCCUUCAAGCUACAUUGGGAAAACUUCUAGUGAUGGGACUUGCGGCAAGAUCUUCGGCCAGUCAUGCCUCAACGAAAUCAUGCAGAUCGCUCAAGACACCACAGCUACCAUUCCGCCUGCUGUCGGAUUAACGACAUUGAAAGAUGCGUGCGACACUGUAAGCGAAACCAUUAACAAUUACAUUGCAACGUCUUCGAAGGCCUGUAGCAAAAAUGGGCCUUCUAUCGAGGUGUGGCAGGGUAUAAACUUCUCCUACGCCAAUACCGACAACUGCACUAAUCCUCCUACUACCUUGCCUAUUCAACUUUUUGAGCAAUACGAGCCGUUUCACCAAGGAAAUUAUACGACAUAUGACCAGUGGACAAAGACCACCACGCCUAUACUCUUGGCUCUGUUUUCCAAUGACACGACCAUGAACGGUGCCGGUGGCAGUUAUUCACAGGCUUAUCUGACCUGUACAAGCCCGAUGAACGUCACUGCGGGUAGUCAUGAUCCGACGAGUGCGGCAGAUCCUUCUGCGGUGGCGGACGUGAAUAGCGUUGUGGGCUUUGCCCUUGCGAUUAUUGCUUUGGUAUUCCUUAUGCUAUGA